UGUGUGUAGUUUGUAGGUCCUUUCUUCUGCACACAAAGUAAAUGUAAAUGUAAUUAAAUUUAGUGUGACUUUUCCAGAAGCACUCAGUUUGCCGCAGUGCCACUGUUUUUCCUGGAAUGAUGUUCUGUGGCGUUCGGCGCUACUGUAAAUCUCCACUCUGACUCUGAAAGCACUACUAAAUCUGUUUAACACGACCCUGGGGUGGAUUUCCCCGGCGAGCCUGACCCUCAAUUACGCCCUAUUAACCCUCUCCAGUGGCUUCUCUCUGAGCUAAUAGCGUCAUUUGGCUCGAGACGAAUCCUGCGGUGCGGCCCGGGGCCUUCCACACACUCUACUUCGAUUAGUCGCUAAUCUCAUUAUCCUGUGCAUCUCAAAGAGCCCCAUUUAACUCAAACGAGAGUUUAUGGCCGCGAGGAAGCGAAACGCGGAGAUGAACGUCAGCUCCACUGACUGGACGCCAUCGUGGCUUCUCUGAAAAUCAGGUCACGUGACGAUCGUAAAGAGACUAUUCAUCAAUUUGACAAAUUUUAUUAGAAGGAGUCUGAGAUUUAAUGUUUAACUUAAGGACUCUGUGAUAGCAUAGCAUGUACAGGAGAUCAGGAAAUUAGCAUUUCUUUCUUUCUUUCUUUCUUUCUUUCUUUCUUUCUUUCUUUCUUUCUUUCUUUCUUGUGACUGUUUAUGAGCACAACCGCUAGAGGGCGACAGAGACAGUUUCAGGUUCUGGUUUCCGUGGAAACGACAACAAGCAGAGAACAAAGUAGUGCUAAAUACUAAAAUACAGCGAAAGAGUGAGAGGAGGAAAUUAAUAUUAUGGAGGAUAUAAAGGAGAUCAUGAGGAGCUCUUCUGGAGAACAUAUCUCAGAGAGUGUUAGUGUACAGGAAGUGGAUUUGUGUUCAGGAGUCACACGUCUGUUGGAAAAGCGCAAAGAGAUUAAAGAUGUGGACGGUGUGUUGAAGACACAGAGACAAGAGUUUGCGUUAAAGAGAGAGGCUCUCAGACAGAGAAGAGAGGAGCUGAAGAAAAAAGAAGAAAACCUGAAAGAUUCUUUACUGAAAUUUGACAAAUUUCUCAAAGAAAACGAUGCUAAGAGAGCGAGAGGUGAGAAGAAGGCAGUGUCAGAGCGAGUCAUGUUGAGAGAGAGAGAGAAAGAGUUGGAGAUGUUACACUCUCGUGUCGCCGCCCUGCUGCUGAAGGAGGAGAAACUGCGUGUUAAAGUUGAACGCUUGAGUGUUUACUCUGACUUCUUACACACCGUCCAGAAGAUGGCUACCAAGUUUGAGGAUGUGGGGCAGCUCGUGGCCCGGUUCGAGACGCUGAUGUCCACGCGAGAGCACCUUCUCAGACGACAGCGUGAGGCGGAGAGACAAAGAGAGAGCGACAGCUCAGAGCUGAGACGCUACAUCAGUGAACAAAACUCCAUCUUACUGCAGUACAACAACACGCUGUCGCAACUGCAGACUGAGCUGGACAACGUCCUGUCUCACACACUCGCUCAGGAGUCGACGUGGACUCACGUCCAGGAAACGACACCCAAAGAGACGCAUCUGUUGAGUCAGGUGAAGGUGGUGACAUUUAACCUUUAUCACAUAACUGGCGGUGCUGCGGGCGGAGACGAGGUCAUAGAUGUGGACGACACGGUGGGACAGCUGGAGCGGAUUCGGCUGUUUUUGGAGGACCGGGCCGAGCUCCUCACACAUCUCAGAUCAGACAGGAGCAGCCGAUCAUCUGGGCUGAGUGACGGAGAGUGAAAAAGUCCCCCUCCCCACACACACACACACACACACACACACACACAUACCCACACACACACACACACACACAGCUUAGAGAAAGUAUAGUUUUGGCGCCUCUGUG